UGAUCUCUAUCAUUAAGAAAUCGAAACUAACCCGCUGCGACUUUUUUCCGUGUAAGUAAUUAGGGUUCCAGUGCAAGAAAUCCAAAAGCCGCUUUCGGUGUCAGAGAACCUGCUAGAACGCGUAGAAAACGGAUAAUAUGAAAUUUUACGACAAAUCUGAAUAUAAAAGGUGUCUGUUUGCACAAUAGAAUCAGUCCGGCAACGACUGCAGACAACAGAGGAAAUAAAGUGCUGCGAAAUGUGUUUCAAGCUUACGGUGUUAGCACUGACUUGUUUGAGCUACCUGGAAGCUCAACCGGUGGAAUUCAAGCCUUACGAACAGAUCAUCAACCCUGAAUUAAGAGAUCUUCAGCCCUCAGAGAGCAGAUAUGAAAAUCCACAUGCCGCCAUACAAGCUGGCAGCAAAUUUUUCCAGGACAUAUACGUAGCGAUGGAGAAGCCCGACGAAGUCGAAUUUGGCCACGUUGCGGAGAAUUCCGACAACUGGGAGCAACGUUUCGAGAAAAUCAACCUGGGCAACCUUCAGCGUCAGGGAAAGGUGAGAUGGGGCGACAAAAACGGGGGAUACGGCGAACACUACUACGACUACAACCACGACGGCCAACAAGAAAAAGUCGAAGCCAAACCAACCAAAAAGAAGCCCCAUUAUGAAGUCCGGGAACCAGAAAUAAAUCAACCAAACUACAUCACUUACGGACAAGAAAGGCAGGAAUCCGUCGUAGCCCCUACUUACGUCCGAGCGAACAACCACAGAGGAAAAAGGGAGCAGGGACUCUUGAAGGACGUGGAGUUCAUCAACGACAACGCUAGGUCGUUGAUCCUGGACGGUAACUCCCAGCAACACGGGGGAAAUUAUAGGAGGGCCGACGAUUACAGAGGGAAGAGAGAACACGUCAUCAACGAGGAAGAUUUGGUCUUUGAAUCCGACAAAGGAACGUUCUUGGACAGGAAAACCGGCAUCGAAUACGAGUUGAGACCCGUCUACCAAUGAUUUAGUUCGGUUUUGCCCAAGUUGAACGCCUGAGGACUUUGCUAAGCGUAGCUUUAACUCUAAAUCUAGAGGGUACAAAACAGAUGUAGUAUUUUUUUACUGAUUUUGUAAUGUAAGUGCGGUAUUUUUUAGGCUUAGAAUUGAAAGACUUAUGAUUUUCCACAAAGCGUGGGCCGCAUGCUUUGUAAAUUUUUUGUUUUUUUAUAUUUAUGUACUUGUUAACUAGUUGUAUAUGUGCUUAAAAUAUAUCUAA